AUGGCCUACAAUCGUGUCGGUAACGACCCAUUCGGGGAUGAACAUGGCGCGCCCAUGUUGAAUCCUUCUCACAACACAGGAUACAGUGCGCGCACUCCUUCCCCGGGGGGCUACCAGCUCCAAGACAAUCCAUAUGCGCAGCAGUCGCAUCUUCCUAUGCCGUCAAGCGAUCACCUCCUCGAACAGCCUACCUAUUCAGUUGAGAAUGUCUCAAACUCUUAUGCCUAUCACGACAACUAUGGCUCGCAACACCCUUACUCUGCUCCCGAUUACACGAUUAACCCCGAAGCUCAUCACGAUGCUUACUAUACCCAACCGUACGAACCUACGCACCCCGCACAUGACGAUUAUGACCUGGGGCAAUACCCGGAAGGUGGCCACACUCCUUAUGAACAAGUCGAAGAGCCCAUGCUUGUACCAGGCGAGAACCCCUUCGGCCCUGACCCGCACGAGUACGAGGACGAUAUGCGCCCGACCCCCAGCCCCGCGCCGAUUCGUCGCUGGAAGACGGUCAAAGAAGUUCAGCUCUUCAACGGUAACCUGGUUCUUGAUUGUCCAAUUGCGCCGAGGUUGCUGAGCCAGGUUCCUCAUGCCGAAGCACCGGGACGCGAUGAGUUUACUCACAUGCGUUACUCGGCGGCAACCUGCGAUCCUGCUGAUUUCUUCGAGGAGCGCUUCACCCUGCGUCAGAAGCUCUUCGCAAAGCCUCGUCAUACCGAACUGUUCAUUGUCGUGACGAUGUACAACGAGGACGAUUUCCUUUUUGCGCGCACCAUGUCCGGUGUGUUCAAGAACAUUGACCAUAUGUGCUCCCGCACAAGUAGCAAGACUUGGGGAAAGGAUGCUUGGAAAAAGAUUGUCGUCUGUGUUAUCAGUGACGGUCGUGCGAAGAUCAACCCUCGCACCCGUGCUGUUCUUGCUGGUCUGGGUUGCUACCAAGAUGGAAUUGCCAAGCAGCAGGUCAAUGGCAAGGAUGUGACCGCCCAUAUCUACGAGUACACUACGCAGGUUGGAUUAGAAGUGAAAGGCACGCAGGUACACCUGAAGCCUAGAUCUGGACCCCCUGUGCAGAUGAUUUUCUGUUUGAAGGAAAAAAACCAGAAGAAAAUCAACUCUCAUAGAUGGUUCUUCCAGGCCUUUGGUCGUGUACUGGAUCCCAAUAUCUGUGUUCUUCUUGACGCAGGUACAAAGCCUGGCAAAGACUCGAUUUACCAUCUUUGGAAGGCGUUCGACCUCGAGCCUAUGUGCGGUGGUGCAUGUGGUGAGAUCAAGGUCAUGUUGUCUCACGGAAAGAAACUUCUCAACCCACUGGUUGCUGGUCAGAACUUCGAGUACAAGCUCAGUAAUAUUCUGGAUAAGCCGCUCGAGUCUUCAUUUGGAUUUAUCACUGUGUUGCCCGGUGCCUUCUCUGCCUACCGUUUCGUCGCACUUCAGAACGACAAGAACGGCCAGGGUCCUUUGGAGCGAUACUUCAUGGGAGAAAAGAUGCACGGUGCCAACGCCGGUAUCUUCACAGCCAACAUGUAUCUUGCCGAGGAUCGCAUUCUUUGUUUCGAGAUUGUUUCCAAGCGCAAGUGCAGAUGGCUGCUGCAAUAUGUCAAGUCGUCCACCGGUGAGACUGAUGUACCUGAUCGCAUGGCUGAGUUCAUUCUUCAGCGUCGUCGCUGGCUGAACGGUAGUUUCUUCGCUGCUGUUUACGCCAUUGCCCACUUCUACCAAAUCUUCCGCAGCGACCACAGCUUCCUUCGCAAGUUCAUGUUGAUGGUUGAGUUCGUUUACCAGACUGUUGCGAUGGUCUUUGCGUGGUUCGGUAUCGGUAACUUCUUCUUGGUCUUCCACAUCUUGACAACCUACUUGGGUUCAGACGAGUUACUUGGUACCGCUGGUAAAGUUCUGGGAAUCGUUUUCGAAUGGCUAUACCUGGCAACUCUUGUUACCUGCUUCGUCCUAGCGUUGGGUAAUCGACCAGGUGGCUCCAACAAGUUUUACAUGACAAUGGUGUACUUUUGGAUCGUGAUCAUGAUAUACCUCGCCUUCGCUGCCAUAUUCGUCACGGUAAAAUCGAUUCAGACGGAAGUGUCGACUGAGGGUUUCACUGUCAGUGAUCUAUUCACGAACGACACGUUCUUCUCCAUCAUUGUGUCACUUGGUUCGACCUACGUCAUGUGGUUCAUCGCCUCCUUCAUCUUCCUAGACCCAUGGCACAUGUUCACCAGCUUCAUCCAAUACAUCCUCCUCACCCCGACUUACAUUAACGUUCUCAACAUCUAUGCCUUCUGUAAUACCCACGACAUCACAUGGGGUACCAAGGGAGACGACAAGGCCGAGAAACUGCCCUCCGCCCACCUCAAGCCUGGUGGCAAGGUCGAUGUGAACAUCCCACAAGACGAUGGUGACCUCAACGCCCAAUACGAAGCCGAGAUUGCCAAAUUCGCCAUGAAGCCACCCAAAGAAGUCACUAUCAUUUCCGAUGAAGACAAGCAGGCAGAUUACUACAAGGGAUUCCGCAGUGCUGUCGUGCUCGCUUGGGUCUUCUGCAACUUCGCUCUUGGUGCAGUCGUCCUCAGCGCUGCCGGCCUGGAGACAUUCGACGACACAUCCUCAAGCAGCAGCAAUCAAGAUGCCACGCAGAGCGAGCGCUCUUUGAUUUACAUGAGGGUCGUUCUCUGGAGUGUUGCUGCUCUGUCAGGAUUCAAGUUCGUCGGUGCCAUGUGGUACUUGGUUGUCCGAAUGUUCCGCGGCGUUUGA